AUGAGUGCAACUGAGUGGUCACACGAAAAUAUUGAAAAACUUAUAGAUUUAUACUGGCAAAAAUUCGAAUUAUGGAAUUCAAAAAACAAUAAUUAUCACAUCAAAAAUAAAAAGCACGAUGCUUGGGCUCAAAUUUCUUCAGAUAUGGGUUGCGAUGUAGUUGAUGUUAAAUCAAAAAUUACAUCUUUAUUAUCGUCAUAUAGAAGAGAAAGAAGAAGUAUGAAACGAAAAAAAACUGAUGGAUCAAGUAGCGACAGCGAUGAACAGGACAAAGUAACGACAAUAUCGCAUGUGUCUUCAUCGGUCACCACAACCACAACAGGUUAUAUUCAGCCGCAGGAACUACCUAGACCAAGUUCCUCUAGAUAUCUGGCUCUGGCGCCAAAUCCUGAUUCAUUGAUGGAUGAGGAAGACUGCAAUGGAAAUGAUAUCGGGCGAUAUUGCAAAAAGCACAUUGAAACCCACUUCCAUAAGGAGGCAUUGAAAGCUGCUAAAUCUUUUCUCGAAGGUGUGCCUGUCGAUUUGCAACUGAACAAAUAUUCCCAGGGAAUUAUUGAAGAAAAUCGCAAAAUUAUAAAAUCUAUUAUUUCCUGCAUUACGUUUUGCGGGUCACACGACUUAACACUGAGAGGUAAACAUUAUGAUGAAGGUAUUCUCGAGGAUUUAUACAGGCUGCGAAUUGACGCGGGAGAUUUGAUUUUAAAGAAACACAUUGAGCAAGGGAAAAAGAAUGCAAGCUACCGUUCAGUGGAUAUUCAAAAUGAAAUUAUUGGUAUUUGUGAAAGCGUUAUUAAGGCUGAUAUUAUGAAAAAAGUGAAAGAAGCAGCAGCAUAUAGUGUGCUAGCAGACGAAACAGCUGAUAUUUCUGGCACUGAACAACUAUCGAUUGGGAUGCGAUAUUUUGAUAAAGAAACACAGCAAGUCCAAGAAAUGUUUGUCGGAUUAAUUGAGCUAAAAGAUUUGGAUGCGAAAUCGAUUGCACAUAGCAUAGAUGAGUUUUUGACAAAACAAGAUCUGAAUAUAAAUAAAUGCGUUGGUUUUGGUUUUGAUGGUUGUUCAACGAUGUCAGGAAAAGACGGCGGGGUACAAGCGAUCUUACGCAAAAAAUACACCAACAUUCAUUGCUCGUCCCACAAACUGAAUCUAGUUAUCAAUGAUCUAAAUUCACUUCCUAAAAUUAGAAAUGCCAUGGGAACCACCAAAGAUACUAUAAACUUUUUUCGGGAAUCAGUUUUGAGGAGGAAGUUGACACCUAAUAUUUCCAGCCUUUGCGAGACAAGAUGGAGUGAGAAACACAAAACCAUCAGAGUUUUUAAAGAAAAUCUUCCAGUAAUUCUGGAAGCCUUACAAACAUUAUCUCAGGAAGUAAAUAGUGUAACUCGGAAAAGUGCCUUCCAACUGUAUGCGGCUACUUCCAGAAUUUCUUUCAUUCUCGGGAUUAUGUUGGUAGCCAAAUACUCGGCUUUGAUGGAACCCGUUGUCAACGUACUCCAAUCUGCAGCUUUGGACGUGGUCAAAGCCUCGGAACACGUUAAAAGGAUUAUACUUUUAAUUAAAAACCACCGUGAAAAUCCGGAAAAAGUGAAAGACGAAAUUAUAAAGGAAGCUACUGCUGUUGCGGAGAAAGUCGGACUGGAGGAGGACAUUACAUCAAUGCCGCGUAUUACGGGGAAACAACGUCAUAGAAGCAAUCAUCCAGCAGAAAGCCCUUCAGAAUACUGGAAGAGGUCUUUAGUAAUACCAUACUUGGAUUCAAUUAUCACCUCCCUUGAAAAACCUUGCGAAAAACCUUAA